AUGAAGGCAACAGCUAUUCAUCCUGGUUAUGGCUUUCUAUCAGAAUCAAGCGAAUUAGCAAAUCAAUAUACGGUUAGAUAUAAAGUCUCGGCUCGUCAAGUGACUCAAUCAAUCGGUAUUCCUAUUUUACCUGUUGCACCUCAACUUCAAUAUACGAAUCCAGAUCAAGUCAAUACGUUUACGUUUGGCAAACCCAUUUGUCCUAAUCAACUGCCUGACUCACUCCCAACGUUGUCUGAAAGAAUCUUCUUCUAA